CUCCGGGGAAGGAGGAGGACGAAGAGGGGGAAGAUGGCGGCGCCUCGCUUCUCCUGAGGCCUGGUCUGUGUUUCUGAGGCGGAAGGAAGGCAGGCGGCGGAGGGAAGAGGACGGAGAGGCCGAGACAGAGACAGAGAGAGAGAGAGGGAAAUGAAGACCCUAUGAAGUCACCACAGGCAUGAAAAGAAAUUAUCAGUAUCUAGUAUAGAUUUAGGAAUUUGGAAACCAAAGGGCAAUAAUGAAAGAAAUCCUGCGGGAAGAAGAAAUCCUCUCUAGGUGCCAAUCUUGUGAAACUCAAUUUUGAUCAGAAAGAAAAAGGGAACAUUCACAUGUCUGUAACGCAGUCAAUCAUAUACAUAACUGUCAACAUGGAGGAGAAACCCUUUACAUGUCUUGAGUGUGGAAAGAGCUUCAGUUGGAGGAGCCAUCUGCUACGGCAUGAAAGGACUCACACUGGGGAGAAACCCUUUGAAUGUCUGGAGUGUGGACAGAGCUUCACUCAUAGUUCACAUCUACGUUCACAUCAAAGAACUCACACUGGGGAAAAACCCUAUAAAUGCCUGGAGUGUGGACAGACCUUCGCUCGUAGUUCAGGCCUUCGUUCACAUCAAAGGACUCACACUGGGGAGAAACCCUUUGAAUGUCUGGAGUGUGGACAGAGCUUCGCUCGUAGUUCAGGUCUACGUUUACAUCAAAGGACUCACACUGGGGAGAAACCCUUUGAAUGUCUGGAGUGUGGACAGAGCUUCACUCAGAGUUCAGGACUACGUUCACAUCAGUGGACUCACACUGGAGAGAAACCCUAUAAAUGCCUGGAGUGUGGGCAGAGCUUCACUCACAGUUCAGGCCUACGUUCGCAUCAAAGAACUCACACUGGGGAGAAACCCUAUACAUGUCUGGAGUGUGGACAGACCUUCACUCGUAGUUCAGGCCUACGUUCACAUCAAAGCACUCACACUGGGGAGAAACCCUAUACAUGUAUGGAGUGUGGACAGACCUUCACUCACAGUUCAGGCCUACGUUCGCAUCAAAGAACUCACACUGGGGAGAAACCCUAUAAAUGCCUGGAGUGUGGACAGAGCUUCACUCAUAGUUCAAAUCUACGUAGACAUCAAAACUCUCACACUGGGGAGAACCCCUAUACAUGUCUGGAGUGUGGACAGACCUUCACUCGUAGUUCAGGCCUACGUUCACAUCAAAGCACUCACACUGGGGAGAAACCCUAUACAUGCCUGGAGUGUGGACAGAGCUUUUCUCUGAGUGGAGCUCUACGUUUGCAUCAAAGGACUCACAGUGUAGAGAAACCGUAAAAAUGCAAGGAAUGUGGUCAGAGCUUUUCAAGAAAUAACAUAAUACAUAGACUUCAUAGAAUUCACCCUGGAGAGAAUGGUGUUAAUUGACCUCAGAGUGUCAUUCUAACACGUAGAAAAGCAACUCUUGCAAAUUUUGGAAAUGCGGGCUCAAAGUUGGGACAUUUCAUCACAUGUGAUGUAUUGUAGAAAGCCCCCUCGAUGGAUUGUCACCUUGUCAUGGUGAGGGGGCUUGCGUGUUCCAGUGAACCUGCGGGCACAACCACCGGAGUCAUGAACUCCCAGGAGUGGCCACAGGGGAGGAUCCAGACCAAGAACAAUCCGAAGACCCUAAGAUCUCAACGGCGGAGCAGGCGGAGGAUAACAUGGUACGGUUUCGUAUGUCCCUGCUCCCCGUGGUCUCCAUUCCCUUUAUCUUUCUCACCCGAGUUUGUAUCUUUGUAUUCAUGUGGCCGGCCCUGUUUUUACUGUUUCUUUGAUUUGCGUUGUAGUAUAUAUUGUAUAUUAUUACUUAUUGUAUUGUUUAAUUGCUCUAUGUUAUGUUGUAUUUAUACUUGUUAUAUUGUUUUGCUCUAGGCAUGGCCCCAUGUAAGCCGCCCCGAGUCCCCGUUGGGGAGAUGGUGGCGGGGUAUAAAUAAAGUAUUAUUAUUAUUAUUAUUAUUACGGUUCGGGACCUGCCUGUCUUCGUGACCGCGUCGUCCCCUAUGAACCCACCCAUUCGCUGAGAUCUUCUGGGAAGGCCCUCCUCUCACUUCCGCCCUCCUCACAACUGCAUUUGGUGGGGACGAGAGAGAGGGCCUUCUCGGCCGUGGCUCCCCGACUCUGGAACUCCCUCCCCAGGGAGAUGAGGUUGGCUCCCUCUCUACCUUCCUUCAGGAAACAACUGAAGACUUGGAUGUUUCGGCAGGCCUUUGGAGAUACAGUCAUUAAUUAAUCAGCCCCAGAGGGUUUUUAAUAAUCUAUCCCGUUUUUAUUACGAUUUUACCAUUUAUGUGUUUUAAAUGCAAUUUUUUAUCCUGUAUUUUUGUUUUAAUUGAUAUAUUGUAUUACUGUUUUAUCUUUUUAUAGUGUGAUUUGUAUUAUGUUGCCUAUGUUUUGUUCUAUGUUGUUUGGGCCUCUGCCCCAUGUAAGCCGCCCCGAGUCCCCACGGGGAGAUGGUGGCGGGAUAUAAAUAAAGUUUGAUUAUUAUUAUU